UUAAUAUUUCCUUAUCUGGGUGUUUUUUCUUCAUUUUAUUUAUUUAUUUAUCUCUUACAAAUUUGGGUUUGUUUCUAUUUCUUGGUUUGUUGCUUUUCAAUCAUACCUAACCUCGCAAAUCAUAAUCUAAAGUUUUUCACCGAAAUUAAAAAAUAACAACAAAGGAGGUAUAUUUUCUUUUGGGUUGGUUUUUGAUUACUGGUAUACAAGGUCAAAGCCUUUGUUUUUUCUCCCUUCAAACACAAUUCUGAGGCUCGUCUGUUUAUCUGGGGUUAUCUGCUGAAUUGCAGGGUUUCACUGUAGAAAUAACGAUCUUUGAUGCUUCUUCUUGAGGUCUUUCUCAUGUAUCAGGAUUCAUUUUAUAAUACAAUAAUCUAGAGAGUUGAAACCAUGUCUUUAGUAAGUUCUGCAGAACCAGCUUCAGCAGCAUAUAGAAAUACAAAGCUUUACUCAAUACAGGGUAGCAGUAACAAUUCUGGCUUGUCCACUCAAAUGUUUAGCUCUGAUAAGCAUAAGCCUGUUUACAUUACUGAUUCUUACAGCAGUGAGAGCUAUGAGAAAUACUUUCUUGACUCUCCUUCGGAAGAGCUUAUACAUCCAUCUAGUUCUGUGAUUUCAGGAAGUUCAUUUCGCCCACAGGAUUUCUCUUCUUACCAGCUAAGAGGUACUUCAGUUUUCUCCAUCACUGGUUACUUGGAAAUACAAAGCCGAGAUACAUUAGACUCUGAUACAGAUAAAUUGAAACUGAAACUUCAAGAACUGGAGAGAGAUCUGCUUGCUGAUAAUGAUGUUGAUGAAGAUGAUGACAUGUUUUUCACGGGGCUACGCAUGGAAAUAGAUGGUGAAUGGUCUGAUCCUAUCAGGACAGAAGCACUCCAUGAAUCACCCAAGGAAUCAUCAACCUCAGAUUCUUAUCUCAGUAGCAUCAGCAGUAACAAAAAGGUAUCACAUGUUUCAUCUCAGACUCCGAAGCAAAUGCUUAUUAAGUGUGCUGCUAUACUCUCAGAAGGCAACAUUGAAGACGCUUCAGCCAUAAUAAAUGAGCUUCGCCAGCUGGUCUCAAUUCAAGGAGAUCCUCCUCAGAGAAUUGCGGCCUACAUGGUUGAAGGUCUUGCAGCUCGCAUGGCUGCAUCUGGAAAAUAUCUUUAUAAAGCUCUAAGAUGCAAAGAGCCCCCUUCUUCUGAUAGGCUUGCAGCCAUGCAAAUCCUUUUUGAGGUGUGCCCUUGUUUUAAAUUUGGAUUUAUGGCAGCAAAUGGUGCAAUUAUAGAGGCGUGUAAAGAUGAAAAGAGAGUACAUAUAAUAGAUUUUGACAUAAAUCAAGGUAGUCAAUAUAUUACACUGAUUCAAACAAUUGCUAAGCGGCCUGGUAAGCCUCCUCACUUGAGGUUGACUGGGGUUGAUGACCCUGAGUCAGUUCAACGUCUUAAUGGAGGUCUUGAAAUUGUGGGACUAAGACUUGAGAAUCUAGCAGAAGCACUUGGUGUGCCGUUUGAGUUUCAAGCUGUUGCCUCCAGGACUUCUCUUGUUACUCCAUCUAUGCUGGAUUGCCGGACAGGUGAAGCACUUAUAGUGAACUUUGCAUUUCAACUCCACCACAUGCCUGAUGAGAGUGUUUCAACAAUAAACCAGCGAGAUCAGCUUCUUCAGAUGGUUAAGAGCUUGAAUCCAAAACUUGUUACUGUUGUUGAGCAAGAUAUUAACACAAACACAUUACCUUUUUUACCAAGGUUUAUUGAAGCAUAUAGUUACUACUCUGCUGUCUUCGAGUCUCUGGAUACGACACUUCCAAGGGAGAGUCAGGACAGGAUGAAUGUUGAAAGGCAGUGCCUGGCACGGGACAUAGUCAACAUUGUUGCUUGUGAAGGAGAGGAAAGAAUAGAGCGAUACGAGGUUGCAGGAAAGUGGAGGGCAAGGAUGACGAUGGCUGGCUUCACUUCAUGUCCAAUGAGUCCAAAUGUGAUUGAUAUGAUCAGGAAGCUUAUCAGGGAGUACUGUGACAGGUAUAAGCUGAAGGAGGAUUUAGGCGGGCUUCAUUUUGGUUGGGAAGACAAAAGCUUGAUUGUUGCUUCAGCAUGGAGGUAGAAAUAUCAGGUUUAUGUCACUUUUACCCGUAUCUGGCUUUAAAUCAGUUUUGUAUGGCCAUUGUAACUAUAAUAUUGUGUGGGAUCCAGAUGCACGCUAAUGUAUUAUCUAAGUUGUUCCGGUGAAAGACUUUCUUUUUGUGCUGAUGUAAAAUCUCAGGGAUGAAUAGGGAUUGCUAAUUAUCUAACAUUUUCUUGAAUAAUAUAUGUUUCCAGUUGCUUUACAAAUUUGAAAUGUUUCUUUUCGAGCUCAGCCAAUGUGUUUUUUUUUUGGUAUUUGAGGCUUCAAGAUUUGAACCUGAUCACUAGACCUAAGAGUCUAGAACUCUAACAACAAGUCACACAGCUGUCGGCGAGCUUAGCCAAUACGUUGAUUAGCCAAAAAAAAUUGUAGUAGUUUCCACGUAUUACAUUUUUAAACUUGUCAAUUUAGCAAGUUAGAGGAUAUAAGUUAAUGCCAGGCUACAAAGCUAGGUACUCAUUUCUUUUCCUUUAUAGUGUUUGCUUUGUAAGUCACUUUGUAGGUCAAAAUUGGCAAAUUCUAGCCAAUUUGAACUUAAGGGAAAUGGUGCAGGAAACAUGAAUCAAGCCAAAUAUUGAAUUCUAUCCAAAUCAAACUGGAUUAAAAUAAAAC